AUGCAUCAAGGCAAACCUCCCGCCACAACCUUCCCAACAAAAGCUUCGCCUCCUACUCACGUUUCAUCGAAGAGCUUUAACUUCCGCAGUUCAACCCUGAUUCUCGUCGACCUCGCUGAAACUCGAACGAUCAUGAAGUGUUUCACUGCCAUUGUUGUAGCCACCUUAGCAGCCGGCACUAUGGCUGCGCCCCCAGUCCAGGACGUCGUGACUGGCUUCGAGUCAUCGCAAACGCAAAUCACUGGGUUCGGCCCCAAGGCCUCCUACACCGUCGCGCCCGACGCUGCCGAUGGCGGGAAGGAACCGGAUCACUGGACGGGCAUGUGCACUGACGGGAAAUGCGGCGAUGGCACAAACUGUGCGAUCUGGUGCAAGAAUUGGACUGAUAAAAACAAACUGUGAUGUAGUACACAGUCUGUAUGUAGCCUGUCCAGUGAAAUAUGGCAAAUGGGAUCCAAUAGAACACACAGUGUUGAAAAACUGCGAGAAACAACAACGAUAAUGUAAACAAUAGUUACUGUCCAGCUGAAAAUGUAAGCAGUGUGCAUAGAUACCCCAGAUUUAGG